CCACCACAAGUUGCGACUCACAGCAUUUCAGAGCCCAUCGAAGUAGGGAAGAACCAGGAGACGAGGAGCGCCACGGAUACCUAUUGACCUAUUUUUUCCCCUAAAUAUAUAUUUCACUGAGGACCUUAUUACUUACUUUCCAGCGUGGAUCAGCGAUUUUAAAAAAUAAAUUAAAUUAACUUCAUCGUCCUUUUAUUUAGGAUUGAGGACCAUGCUUUUUGUUUGGCGCACCUGUGCGCCACCGGUGAGACAAGCGCACAGGUGAAGACAGGAACUGGGGAACUCUGGGAUGUGUAAACUCCUCCAGUUUAGACUCUUUCACCUGAGAGCGCUGAGCCUGCCUGGUGGAUUAAAUGUUGAUGCAGAAAACGUGUGAUUUUUUUGACAGAAUGCCACUGGACGCAAAGAGCGCACCAGGUGCCCAUUUAGGAUCUUAAAACGAGUAACCAUCAGCUCCGAUUGCUUAAACCCGCAGGCUGAAGUGCCGGAUCUUGACAGACUACGCAUUUACAGCUGUCAAACUCUCGGGGGUCCUCCUGCCCCCCUCCCCCGGGCAACAAGGGCGCUCUCCUCGGGUCUCUACUGCGCAUGUCAGAGUGCUGGACAGCUCCAGAGAGGGAAAUUUAAAAACGGUUUUUGGAGGAAUCAAGCCGAACACAGUAGGAUACAGUACAGGGGCUCGGGACCAGCUCUCACAAUCUUCAAUAUAAACCAAAAAAAACAAACAAAAAAACGAAAAAGGCUACCACAUAUCCCAGGAAAUGAUAGAAGGUGGAAUAACAUCCAGGAUGUCAGGAAUAAUUGACAACGCUGGGCAUCAUCCGUCUCCACAGGACUACAGGCUUCUGACCACGGACCCCUCCCAGCUGAGAGUGGAGGACCUCCCUGGGGACCUGCAGUCCCUGUCAUGGCUUACCUCGGUGGAUGUGCCCCGGCUGCAGCAGAUGGCUGAUAGCAGAGGCCACAGCAACGGGCCCUCCCAGGGCAGCCUCCUGGAGCAACAGACAGCUCAGCUGAACAACAUGACGAUACCCGUGAGUCAGAGCUCCAUGCUGCACCUUCAGAGUAACAUGCAGCACAGCCCACUGGGAAUAAGUAUAAUCAACACCCACAGUGGAAGUAUGUCUCCCUUCUCCAUGAAUGGAAUGCCUUCGCCAGGAUAUCAGUGCCCUACCUCGGUGUACCAGCCUGCAUCCCAGCAGGUGUACUCUCUAACCCAAAAUGGACAACAGUGCUCGGCUGGUGGACUUUAUAGCAAUGUUUCUUUCAACAACCAAAGUCUGUUCACACAACCUCGUCUGGCCCCACAAGAACAGGAGCUGCAGCCCAAGUCUUUCCCCAAGCCUAUCUACUCCUACAGCUGUUUGAUUGCCAUGGCUUUAAAAAACAGCAAAACCGGCAGCCUCCCAGUCAGUGAGAUCUAUAGCUUUAUGAAGGAACACUUUCCAUAUUUUAAGACUGCACCCGAUGGAUGGAAGAAUUCGGUCAGGCACAACCUGUCCUUAAAUAAAUGCUUUGAGAAGGUGGAGAACAAGACGAGCAGCUCUUCCCGUAAGGGCUGCCUGUGGGCACUGAACCCUGCCAAAAUUGACAAGAUGGAGGAAGAGAUGCAGAAGUGGAAACGCAAGGAUCUCCCAGCGAUUCGCCGCAGCAUGGCGAACCCAGACGAACUGGACAAACUGAUCACCGACCGCCCAGAAAACUGCAGACGGAAACCUCUAGAGCCCGGCAUGACCCGGCUGGCCGGCUGUACAACAGGUCUCCCUCUACCGGUGCCGGCCCAGAUGCAGCCUCAGCCCAUAGUCACCCUGUCUCUGCCGUGUUUGCCCAUGCACCAGCACCACCAGCUUCAAGCUCACCUCCAGGCUCAGGCUCGACUGGGCCCCAUGUCCCCUGCCCCAGCCCAGACGCCUCCCCUCCACGCGGUCCCCGACCUCUCCCACAGUCCGCUCACCCAGCAGCCCGGCAAGCCUCCUGAUGACUUUUACAGUUUGCAGAGCGACACGAACACAGAGGUGGAUGCACUAGACCCGAGCAUCAUGGACUUUGCUUUUCAUGGGAACCUGUGGGAAGAAAUGAAAGACGAUAGCUUUAACCUGGACGCGUUGGGCACCUUCAGUAACUCCCCUCUGCGACUAUCAGACUGUGACUUGGGAUCGGCGAGCCUCCCUCCGGCCUCCAGCGCCGUGAACGUCCCGCUGUCAGAUGUGCAAGUGACGGGGCUGUACACCUCAUACACCUCCCAGGAUCCCCUUUCCUCCCAGUACAUGGGCAGCCAGCCUAACAGCAAACCCAUCGCCCUACUUUAAACAAGCCAAACUGUCCCACCGAAAAGAUUCAAAAUCAUUUACUGUUUUUUUUUUAUUGUUUUGUUUUGUUUUUUGGACGGCAGCUGAACCCGUUUGAUUUCUUUUGAAGAAGUGGAAGUUCUAGGGACCUGGAGAGAAACAUUUCAUUCAACAAGAGAACUGCUUUCUAGGAACUAAAACCACAUAUAAGUGGUGACUCAAAGGUGAAAAAAAGACAUGUCAGACCGAAAAUGUUUAGUUUUGCCAAGCAAAGACUGGAAACCUGUAUAAAUACAAAGAGUGUGUGGAGGACUGCAUGUAAGUUAGCUCUUACUUGUUCCUUUAUUGUUCUCCUUUCUGUGAUGUAGCUCAAAAAAACCCUGUCUGUUGUAUUGUGCUAGACUUUAUUGCUGUGAUGUUUUAUUUAUAUUUAUAAAAGACAAAUGGAGAAGGUGACGACUUUAUCGAUCUUUUGCUGUACAUAUUUAACUGUUUGGACUUGGUGUUAGCCACAUCCCUUCAAAACGCGCCCAGUAAGCAGGUUCUUACUCUGCUCCUUCCACACGUCAUGAUUAACGUGGCUGGAGGAAAGACGUCUGCUUUGCUGUUGACUUGAUCAUAAUAAAAUGGGUAAAUGAAAUAAGCAAAUUUGCAUUUAAAUACAUUUUAUUGAAAAACAAAUGGAAAUGGGUCAAAAACAUCCAAAAGUAAUGUGAGAGCUGAAUUUUGAUCAGUGUAACGGCAAGUCAACGCAUGGAUUUUUUUUUUUU